AGAGUGUAAUUAACAGUGUCAAUUUGAGUUUGACCUUGACGCUUCUUGUAACGCUUUACUUAUAGUAAAGCUUAUUGGGUACGGAAAAUCAAGUGCGUUUUUUCUCUUUCAAUUGCUUUAUUGGGAUAUUAUAAAUCGUUUUACGUUACCAAGUGUCAAGGUUUUAAAAGCCAGCUGAUUAUCAAUUCAAGUGAUCAGAAUCUCACGACUAACGAUGAACAAUAAAUUAGACAGUGGGCAAAAAAUCAAUUCAUUCUCUCUAAGCCUUAGCUUAUGCAAUAUGGUUCUUGGUCGCAAGUUACAACCCGUGUUUUAAGAGAAAAUGUAAGUAUGUGGAUCUAAAUGCUCCUAAAUGUAGGAACCUAAAUUGGGAAACAUGUCUCAAACAUGUAAUUCCGUUAUUGCUUCAGUAACGUGACAAUAACUUGUUUUCAACGGCUAAGGUUUGGAACUGUUAGAAGUUCAUUAUGUUUCAUUCAAGACAAAGUUUCAUCACUUCACCACUGUCUUCAAUUGACAGUUUUAGAUUACAGAAAACAACAAUAAUGCUUGAUUCUUAGUUAUACUCAUUAGUCCUUUUUCAUGUGCUGUUGUGGAUUGUUUGGUUUCGAAAUAAUCAUAUAAAUGUGAUCCGUAUAGCUACCCAUGAAUUCUUCAGGAAAAUAAUACGGCCACUUUGAUCCAAUAAGUAAAAUAAGUAUAUACCUUAUCUCAAGUCAUCGCUCUCAUGUCAUAAAAGUCUUGUUAUUCGCUCAAGACAGGUUGAUCAUAAUCUUUCUAUAUGUUUAACCAUCGUAAUAAUAUGUUUUUAGGAAGAUGGAAGGAAUUUACUCAAUUAACCUAUGAAGUAAUACUAAAACCUCAAAUAAUAAAGAAUUAAUGCGUCUGUACCAUGUGGAACAAUUACAAACCAUUUCGUUUAACGUCCAUAGCCGAUGGAGUUUAAUCAUCUGUCAACUUCAGCAUGUGAUCAUAUCAUUUACUUGAAGGUAGAAAUUACAAGCCUAAAUACUCAUACAUAAAUCCACCAAUUAAUAGUUCAUUAUUCUCAAAUCUAGUUAGGUUAAGACAUGUUUCAGAUUCCGAUUUUAUUUCAAAGUUUCAGCGGUGUAGUGUUUCUUUUAGUGAUGUGUGAAAACAAGGUUACCGUUUUUUGAGAUCUUUAACUCUAUCCCUUAAAAUUUAUACUAGCUUCACAUAUCAAAUGGUAAUGUGUUAUAUUUUUACCUUGUUUCAAAAAUGUGAUUAAUACUUCGUUUACGUCUUUAGAGCUACUCAACUCCUAAUCAGUAGUGUUCUACAACUAGUUAUUGCAGCAAAUCGAAGUGCGGUCAUUUAAACUGAUGGACUCUUGUAAAAUGUUUGCACUACCUCAUUUUCAAUCAAUAAGUCAAUAAUUAAUGUAGAGCUUAGAGUAAGUAUGAUAUCAGAGUUAAUCUUAAUUUGUCACCAAUUACAUCUUAAGCUUCGUAAUUGUCUCGAAAGUAAUUUUAUCUUAUUAACGCAUAUUUCCUUCUUGAAUUAUAUAUAGUGUACUUAAUUAUUCAUACUACCACAAAAUUUUCUAUUGUCUAUUCCACUCUGGCAUCUCUUUGUGCUGAUUUGCUGUUUCUAUUUGUGUCAAUGCACGUAUGUUCCGAGCUUCACGUUACAUAUGACUGACUGAUCGAAUAGAACUGCUGGACGCUAAACCUAAUUCGCUUGUUAUGUGUUUUCGUUUCCCUUACUCGUAAACUUUUAAACCGCAGGAGACAAUUGAAUUCCGUAUUCACAUAAAGAUUACUAUAUUAUAAAUUUUUAAAGAGGGCUUUUAUUUGUCAUUUAAAUGCUAUUGUUAAUAAAAAUUGAUUUACAGUAUUUUUGCACACAUUUUGGCAUCCGAAUGCUUGAUUAAGAACUGUGGAGACUUGAAAAUGGAUAAUAUGAAUAUACACACCAAUGGUAGUAAGAAUUAUUCAUGGAAUUCGACGAAUUUAAGCAGUAGUGGUCCAACUUUAUUAAAGAAAUUUCUUCAGAAGGCUGCGGAAACUGCUUCGUCCUCGAUAGACUUCAAUUUGUCGUUAAGAAAAGCGGAAAAACGAUAUGUAUUUCACCCUGAAUCAUUCAGUAAUCUUAUAAUUCAAGACAAACCCAUCCUACAUCGAAACAAAUCAAUUUUGGAAGUGAAAAUGCAUGCUCUUGAAAGGGAUAAACACAAGUCAUCAAGUCGUAGAAGAAAAUUGCAGAAAUCUUAUACUACUGAUACUGAUAUUAUUUCAUAUGAAGAAGAUAAACAGCAAAGUCUUCUUAAAGUAUGGCGAUAUAAUAUAUUAACUCAUUGGAAAUCAGGUUAUCCAUCUAAGAAUGUAAGACAAUACUUUUGGGAAGGUGUUCCUUCAGCCGUUCGUAAUCAAGUUUGGUCUUUACUACUUGGCAAUAAAUUGGGAAUAACUCGAGAAUUAUUCAACACUUGUCUUAGUCAAAGUAAACACCAUGUUGAAGCGAAUAUUAGUCAACAUUCUGGUAUCAUUCAAUACGAGAGAACAAAUUCUAAUCUUAAUGAACAUUAUUCAUUAUUGAAUUUAAGUAACACUGAAAAUUCUACAUUUAAUUGUGUGAUGUGUAAUUUUAUAUUCAGUAAAUUAAAUACGAUAUCAAUUAAACGAGAAUUUACACGUGUCCCUUUUGUUACUCGUAAUUUUAAAAAAUUACAUGAACACUAUACAAAAACGUCUUUCGAAGGGGAGGAACUAGAAGAAGCGAUUGUUUCAGCAAACUCUUUCAAAAUAGAUCCAUCAGAAUUUGAACAAUCGUACCGAAUAGAUUAUACUAUGAAUUUACAUGCAAUUAAAGUGGACAUGUGUCGAAUAUUUCCAACAUUGAAUUUAUUCUCAUCUGGUUAUCCAUAUCAUGAGAGAUUACAUGACUUAUUGGCAGCUUUUAUUUCUUAUAAACCUGAAAUCGGUUAUAUACCAGGGAUGUCAUGGAUAGCUGGUAUGGCUUUGAUAGUUUUCGAUGAUACAUACGAUGCAUUUGUAACGUUUGCAAAUAUUUUAAAUAGAUCAUAUCAUCAAGCAUUUUAUAGUAUGGAUGAAGAGAAAUUUCUACUAUAUUUUAAUGACUUUGAUAAGUUGUUCUCUAGGUGUCUACCUCGACUUUAUAAGCAUUUUAAAGAAGUUGGUUUUGAAACAACUAUGUUUCUGUUCGAUUGGUUGUUUACAUUAUUCAGUCGAAUACUUCCAUUAGAAACGUGUAUACGAAUAUGGGAUUUGUAUUUUCUAUAUGAAGAAUCUGCUUUGUUCUAUGCAGCUUUGGCAAUAUUGAAAUUAUGUGAAAAAGAUUUACUAUCUUUUAAUUUCGAUGACUUAUCAUCAUAUUUGUCUGGUGCAACGUUACUACAAUCACUGACACCAGACACAUUAAUUAUUUCUAUGUAUUCGUUUCAUCAUUUAAAACGCUUUAACACUUCAAAUAUGAACAAAACACGUCAGGUUGCCAGUCGAGAGUCGUUAUUUGCUAUAAAUCAAUUGCCUUUAUAUCUUUCAAAGGAUGACGUAACUGGGUCUACUUUUAGAUUCCCAUCUACUUAUUCUAUUCCACGAGACUCCUUUCACUGUAUUCCGAAAUCAGGCCCGAUUGACCAUUCGGUACGUAGUCCUCGUUCAAUAUCUGAUGAGUCUGAUGGUACCUUGGAUAUUGAUGAUCAAUACUUCAAGCCUAAAUCAGGGGAAAAUCCUUAUGCAAAGGUCUUCAUAACGCCGUAUAACAAACCAGGUCAAACGGUCGCUCAUAGUAUGAAUGGUGAUAGUAAUAGUGCAAACGGUACUUUGCGCAAAGUGAAUAAAUCAACAGAAAAAACUAAUCGUUGUACAAAUCCAUGCUUUUUUCGUCAUACACAUUUACGGUCUUUCGAGGAAAGGUUGGAAGUUAACCCUCAUAGAAUGUUACCACAAUUUUAUUCAUCAUACAGUCAAGACCAUUUAACUGCUUAUCACAUUCCAGCUCUUCGACAAAAUAUAAGGAUUUCAAAUAUGAUCAGUAGAACUUCAGCCGAAAUGAUUCCAUGAACAGUAUAAUAUGAAUUACUUUAUCCAGUUUUUGUAUACACUUACCAUGUACUAGCACUCCUUCCUAAUUUUGUUUUGUUGUUAUAAUAUGAUCCAGAAUACAAAUUGGUCGAUUGAACAGUAAAUAUUUUCAAAUGAAUACAAUGUGUCUUCUAUAACAUUUUAUUUACAUUGAUGGUGCGGUCAAUAUUUAGAAUCACUGAUAUUUAUCUAAAUUUCAUGGUUGUGAAUGACUUGUUUAUUCCCUCUUCGUCGUUAACGCUACUUCGUACCUCUCAUCAUCAUCAUUAAACCAUGAUGUUAAUUGUUUUUAUCAAUGAGAUUUAAUACAUGAUUUCUUAAAUUGUAUUUUCUUAUUAAUCAAAAAACUCAUAUUCAUUCUUAUAUUGUAUAUCCAUUUUUAGAUUAAAUUGUUUCAUGCAUGCAU